UGCGCUUUUGUUUCUAUGUUGACAAAUGGCUACAAUUUGUGUCCUAAAAAUUUGGUUCUCUGAGCUCCAAGACGACAAAUUCCCCGCCAUUGUAGCACAGCCUGUCCCUUUUACUUCUCCAUUAGAAAAAAAAACAGACUUUCUUCCAUUAGAAAAAAUACAGACUUUCUUUCUUUCCCUUUCCUCGAUCAGCUGCAACAGUGGCGGAGGCCCUCAAAAAAUCUCUGUAAUUCUCCAAAAGGGGAGAAUUCGUCAGAAAGCCUUUGAAAAUUUGAACAAUGAGGCUCAGGAUCUGCUUGUUUAUCGCCGUUUUGGGCCUGGUUUUAGGGCUUUCUCCAGGUGUUCAUUCUCAGGAUGAUGGUUCCAGCCCUGGAAAGGACCAAGCUGUUACCGCUCUCGUUGCUAGCCUUAUUUUCAACAGGCUCUCUAAUCUUACUGGUAGUCUCGCCGGAGAGAUCACUACCCACUUUGGAUUUUGCAUAAAAGAUGUGCAAAAGGACUGGAAUGGUGCUUUCAAUUUUUCAUCAGAUUUGACUUUCUUAACAACAUGCAUGAAGGUUAAUGGGGAUCUCAUGCAACGCCUUUGUACUGCAGCAGAAAUAAAGUUAUACUUUAGUAGCUUCUAUGCAAGUGGAGGAAAGAGUACCAAUUACUUGAAGCCUAAUAAGAACUGUAAUUUAACUUCAUGGAUCCCUGGAUGUGAACCAGGGUGGGCGUGCAGUGUGGGUGUUGAUGAGAAGGUUUCUCUCCGUGAUUCCAAUACUAUACCUACUAGAAUACUGGAUUCCAAGCCUUGUUGCUCGGGUUUCUUCUGCCCCCGUGGUUUAACUUGCAUGAUACCUUGCCCUUUAGGUGCAUACUGCCCGAAAGCUAAACUCAACCGCACUACUGGAAUUUGUGAACCGUAUCGAUACCAGCUGCCUCCUGGAAACUUUAACCAUACCUGUGGUGGAGCAGAUAUAUGGGCUGAUGUUGGACACAGUAGUGAAUUGUUCUGUUCAGCAGGAUCUUACUGCCCAAGUACCACUGCCAAAGUUCCUUGCAGUAGUGGGCAUUACUGCAGGAUGGGUUCUACAUCUGAGAAAAGGUGUUUCAAGCUGACAACUUGUGAUCCAAACACCGCAAAUCAAAAUAUUCAUGCAUAUGGAGUCAUGCUCAUUGCUGCUGUGAGCACAUUACUCCUCAUAAUUUACAACUGUUCCGACCAAGUCCUUACUACUCGGGAAAGAAGAGUAGCCUUAUCCCGAGACGCUGCCAUGAGGAAUGCAAGAGAGACUGCACAGGCACGAGAGAGGUGGAAGACUGCAAAAGACAUUGCUAAGAAGCAUGCAAUUGGUUUGCAAACACAACUCUCUCGUACAUUUUCUCGUAAGCGAUCUGUAAGGCAGGACAAUGAACUCAAGGUCCUAGGUUAUCCUAAGCCUCCUGGGCCAGAGGAUUCCUUAUUGCCAACUUUGCCUCUUAAUAUUGCAUCUUCCUCUAAGCAAUCAUCUGCACCCUCAACUUCAAAGAAAAAGGAGCCGAGUAGUCUAACUAAAAUGAUGCGCGCUCUUGAAGAUGAUCCUGAUAGUAAUGAAGGCUUCAAUCUUGACAUUGGGGACAGAAAUAUUAGAAAGAAUAUGCCAAAACCUAAAACCAUGCAAACUCGCAGUCAGAUUUUUAAAUAUGCGUACGGUCAACUUGAAAAAGAGAAGGCCAUGCAACAACAGAACAAGAACCUUACUUUUUCAGGUGUUAUUUCCAUGGCUACUGAUAGUGAAAUCAGGACAAGACCUAUAAUUGAGCUUGCAUUCAAAGAUCUAACCCUCACUCUCAAAGGGAAGAAAAAACAUCUCCUGAGAUGUGUAACUGGAAAGAUUAUGCCCGGUCGUGUUACUGCUGUUAUGGGUCCAUCUGGGGCUGGAAAGACAACCUUUCUUAAUGCUUUGGCAGGCAAAGCAACUGGCUGUACAAUGUCAGGGUUGAUCCUAAUAAAUGGGCAGAUAGAAUCAAUCCAUUCAUACAAGAAAAUCAUUGGCUUUGUCCCACAAGAUGAUAUUGUGCAUGGGAACUUGACCGUAGAGGAGAAUCUCUGGUUCAGUGCUAGGUGUAGACUUUCUGCGGACAUGCCAAAAGCUGACAAAGUUCUAGUUGUUGAACGAGUCGUCGAGGCCUUGGGGUUACAGAAUGUACGAGAUUCGUUGGUUGGUACUGUGGAAAAGCGGGGCAUUUCUGGUGGACAAAGAAAACGUGUGAAUGUGGGACUGGAAAUGGUCAUGGAACCAUCAUUAUUGAUUCUAGAUGAACCAACAUCUGGUUUAGACAGUUCUUCUUCCCUAUUGCUUCUUAGAGCUCUUCGUCGUGAAGCUCUUGAGGGUGUGAACAUAAGCAUGGUGGUCCAUCAACCUAGCUAUGCAUUGUUCAAGAUGUUUGAUGAUCUAAUAUUGCUUGCCAAGGGGGGCCUCACUGUAUAUCAUGGAUCAGUAAAAAAAGUUGAAGAGUACUUUGGAAACCUUGGAAUUAAUGUCCCAGAUCGUGUAAAUCCACCGGACCACUACAUCGACAUUUUGGAGGGCAUAGCAAAGCCAAAUAAUCCAAAUCUCAAUUGUAAAAAUCUUCCCAUCAGAUGGAUGCUGCAUAAUGGAUAUGAAGUUCCCCCAGAUAUGCAACAUAAUCUAUCUGGCCUGGAUGCACCUGCACGUGGGAAUUCACUUAAUAAUGGUAGUGCUCCUGGUGCUGGCGGGGAAGCCCAAUCUUUUGCAGGGGAGCUAUGGUCGGAUGUUAAAUGCAAUGUCGAGCUCAAGAGGGACAACAUAAAACAUAAUUUCUUAGUAGUCAAGGAUUUGUCUAACCGCAUAACAGCUGGCACUACCCAGCAAUACAGAUACUUUUUAGGGAGAGUUGGUAAGCAGCGUCUACGAGAAGCUAAGAUUCAAGCCGUGGACUAUUUGAUCUUGUUACUUGCUGGAGCUUGUUUAGGAACACUAGCUAAAGUUAAUGAUGAAACCAUGGGAGCUCUUGGCUACACUUAUACUGUCAUUGCUGUCUCUCUCUUGUGCAAGAUUGCUGCAUUGAGAACGUUCGCUCUCGAUAAGUUGCACUACUGGAGAGAGAGUGCCUCUGGCAUGAGUGGUUUUGCAUCUUUUCUUUCAAAGGAUACAAUAGACCUAUUUAAUACAUUGAUAAAGCCUCUCGUCUAUCUCUCAAUGUUCUAUUUCUUCAACAACCCCAGGUCAUCCUUUACUGAUAAUUACAUAGUUUUAGUCGCACUAGUCUAUUGUGUGACUGGUAUUGCCUAUGUAUUUGCUAUCAUCCUCGAGCCCGGACCAGCCCAACUGUGGUCGGUACUCCUCCCCGUUGUUUUAACUCUCAUCGCAACACAGCAAAGCCGAAGUGCCAUUCUGAAAAACAUGGCUAACUUAUGUUAUCCAAAGUGGGCCUUGGAAGGGUUUGUGAUUGCAAAUGCUGAGAGAUAUUCAGGAGUUUGGCUGAUAACUCGGUGUGGAUCACUAAUGCAGAGUGGAUACGAUCUCAGCGACUGGUAUCUCUGUCUCAUCGUACUAGUUCUAUAUGGUGUAAUCACACGGAUAAUAGCUUUUGUUUAUAUGGUCACCUUCCAAAAGAAGUGAGUCCUUUUGAGUUUCAACAUUCUUGUAACAUUCUUCUUGUAGUCCUGUAACAUUCUUCUUGUAGUGAAAUGUAUAAAAGGAAAUCAGUUUUGAUGUGC